GCUCAGCCUUGUAGGACAAGACCGCAGACGGCAACAUGAGACAAGUCUUUCCCAAGCUGCUUAUCCAUCAUGGCUAGCACCUCGAAGACAGACUCCAAAGGUACAACAAAUUCCCGCGGCAAUAGCCUUGGAGGAGAGGUUGUGACGGAACACAGAGUGAAAGGGAAGGCAGAGGCUGCAACACUCACCCCCGGAGAUAGAAACCGAGCGGCAAUAGUACCACCGCCAUCAGAAUCAUAUGUUUAUCAAAGCCUCGAAACACUCACAACUAUCCGGAUUCUCAGGCUCGAGCCUGGUGAAGGCGACGAGCCAUUGCACGGGCAGAUUUUGUUUACCGAUUUGAACAACUCUGAACCAAGAGACGAAGGCGGACACGGGCUCCUCCAAGAUCUACGCGACACGUUCUGUGCAUUCGGCGCCCAAGACCUGCAGAGUAGAGAGUCUCGUCGCAAACCCUGGAUUCCAUUCGAAGCCAUCUCUUACGUUUGGGGCGACCAGAUCUAUACACAGACUAUAUCAACGCCGCAUGGUGAGAUCUCGAUUACGACGAACUUGGGGCAGGCGCUGCGCCAGACCCGCCAUAGUGACCAGCCUCGCAAUCUGUGGGCUGAUGCGGUGUGUAUCAAUCAGACUGACAUCCGGGAAAAAGGCCACCAGGCCAAGAAUAUGGGGCGGGUCUACUCUAGUGCAGAAGGCGUUCUGAUCUGGUUAGGUCUGGACGUUGAUAACAAAGCUGCGAGGACCUUCUCGCUGUUCUUCAGGUGUUACCAUGGGCGUCGCUGGAAAAACAGUAUCAGAGCGGAAUUGGAGGAAAUACAGUGGUUCGAACGCAUUUGGGUCGUGCAGGAGCUGAUAUGCGCUAAUAGUAGAGCUAUAUAUAGUCUACUCCGUAUUUAAC